AGACGGCAAACCAAAUGUUUUAUACCUUUGUCCAACUCCCCAACAAUUCACACUUUCUUCUUCUUCAACUCUCUCUUCUUCAGUCUUCACUCCGUCGGCAGUCCACCUUCUCCGCCGUGCUCCGCCAUCGACCGCCGAACGGUAUCAUCUCAUGUCGAAGUUCACUUGGAGGAUCGAAAACUUCUCUAAAUUGGACGCUAAAAAGCUCUUCUCUGUGGCUUUUAUCGUGAAUGACUACCAAUGGAGGCUGAGUCUUUACCCCAAAGGGAACAAUGCCGACCGCCAUUUGUCACUGUACCUCGGCGUGGUUCACUCCUCUGCUCUACCCGAUGACUGGAGUAUAAAAGCAAAGUUCAGCCUGGCUCUCAUUAACCAGAUAGACAGAAACAAAACCAUCAAGAAAGGGUUAGAGUGCAUGUUCUUUGAUCUAUCGCGUGAUUUUGGGGUCUUAAAUUCCAUAUUGCGUGUUGUCUUGUUGAGGAGAAGGCUAGCAAUAUUGGAGCUGAAGAUUUGGAGGUGGAUUGUGCAAACCAAAAGUAUAUCUAUUGUUAACCAGAUUGACCCCAACAAAACCAUCAAGAAAGAAUGCGAGUGCUAUUUCGAUACUCUGGUAUACAGUAAGGGCUGGCAAUUUAUCGAGCUUCGUAAAUUUAAUGAUAGAAGUGGAGGUUAUCUUGUAGAAGACACAUGUCUGGUUGAAGCUGCAUUUGAUGUUUCUCCAUCGGAUAACGAUUCGGAUUCCCCGGUGGCAAUUGAUCCUGUGUACAUUGAGGCUCAAUCAUUUCUUGAGUCACUGCCCAAGGCACCAUCCACAUGUGGAAGACCUCUGUUAGAAGGAUAUGCGAAAGAAAUCUUCGACAAACUGAUAUCAUACCGUUUGGAUGAUUUAGCUGAUCCCAAGAACGAAUCGGCAAUGAUGGAGUUCAUUUCUGUACUUGCCAACAACAUAUCCGUGUUUAGUGAUGUGCAGGCCAGAGAAAUCGUGAACUUGAAAGCCACUUUUCCUCAAACAAUGCAAGAAUGGAGAGACUCGAUGAGUCAAGCAAAGGGCACUAGCGAGCCUUCCUGGUCUCUUUUCGAGGAGACCAAAAGUGUGCUUCAAGAUUUGGUGAAAACAGAAGAGGGAAUAAAGACCAAACUGGAGGAGCUGCACAAGAAAGAAACAGAAUUGGAAGCAGAGUUGGAGGCCAUUGAAGGCAAGAGUCAGAUGCUCAAAGAGGAACGGAGACGAGUGUCAAAGCAGAUGAAGAUACUUUGUGGUCUUGUUGAGGAGAUGGCUAGUGUUGGGGAAGCACGGAACAAAACACAACGGAAGCGUAUAAAAUCUUUUCCCCAAAUUAAUGAGAUGAACAACAAAGCACAAUAUACUCCAAAAAUCAGCACCACCACCACAAAUAGAUAGCAACGGAAAUAAGAUAAAGAACACACGAUUUACGUGGAAACCCCAAAUCGGGGAGAAAACCACGGCCGCUCAACAACGGCACCCAAACUUCCACUAAUCACCAAGAACCAAGUGGGUACAACAAGUUCUCCUCUCUAGUAAACACUAGAGGCAUACACAAUCAUCAAGGAGCAACCUUGGAACAACAACAAUCAACAAUUCAACAUAAAAUGGAGUAAAAACUCCCAAAAACGCAGGUCUGAAAAUGUAGCUAGAAAACAGCCUUCCGGGCAUCAAAAUGAGAAUCUGACCGUUGGAUUUGAAGAGGAGUAUGUGAGGAACAACAUACUAAAAUUUGAGCACGAUCCGACUUUGUUUGGCCUUCGAUCCGGAGGUGAAAAGUUGCUGCUGUAGAGAGUGGCGGAAAUCUUCUUUUUCUUCCUCUUUCCUGCGUUUAGCUACUGCCAGCCCUCACUUCUUCCUUUUUUUUCUCCCUUAUCUUCUCUCUUUUUUCUUUAGUUAGUAGCCACACACAACACAAGAGAAUGGGCCACUAAAAAAAAACAAUUAGG